CUCACAACAUGAGCUAAAUCCUGCAAUAGUGUGGACGUGCACAAUGUCAGUCGUAGUCAUGAAUUUAAUCUACAUUAAACUACAGGUGACAUACUCUCACGCAACUUGUGCAUAACCUGAGUGGAUAAAAUCAAGAGUGAAAGAUGCAGGGGGCAGGGAAGACUGUGAGGAAGUGUGGUGUGGCCAACAGUCGCCUGGAAGUGCUGCAGGUCUACAAGCUGCUGCAGUGUGUGCGUGACGGCGACAGGGUCCAGAUAGAGAAGUUGGCGCGUAUGGGCGUGCCCAACAUCAUCAACCUAUCGGAGCCCAGCGAGGGUGAGGGCGCCAUGCACCUGGCGACUGUCGCCAACGACACGGACAUGGCGGAGUUCCUGCUGUCGCUGGGGGCCAACCCCAACAUCCAGGACUCAAAGGGCCGCACGCCCGUCAUGCUGGCCGCCCAGCUGGGACACGACACCAUGGUCACCCUGCUGGCCAACCACCACGCCAGUAUGGCUCUCACCGACAUAGAGGGGCAAGGUGUGUUGUUCUAUUGCAUCUCGCCCACCAAGCGCCACAUGAACUGCCUGCAGACGGUGCUGAACAGCAAGGCCAACGUCAACAACAUCUCCAACGAGGGGAAGCAUGUCUUCGUGCUCGCCUGCGAACGGGCCCAGCACUGCCAGAGCAUGGCCAUCAGCAUUCUCAAGCGGGGAGCCAAUCAGAACGCUUACGACAAGAUCACGGGCCGCACUGCGCUGAUGGAGGCGUGUAGGACAGGCUCUGAGGAGCUGGCCAGGACCAUCCUACGGAGAGGCAGCAGCCCCAACAUGCUGGACAAGAAGAACAUGAACGCUGUGCACUUCGCCGCCGAGGCGGGGAACUUAAAAAUACUGCAGCUGCUGUCAGCCUACUCUGCUGACUUCAACGUCAUGGCAAACGAUGGGAACACUCCUCUGCAUCUGGCCGCCGCUGGAGGAUUCGCUGACUGCUGUCGCUUCCUUUCUCAGCGCGGUGCCAACCCCAAAGUGAAGAACACGGACGGUAUGUUUGCCAAGCAGCUUGCCAAAGACAAGGCAGCCAUUAAGGAGCUGAAGGGGGCGGAGCGCCUGUUCAACAAGCUGUCCAAGCCCGGUGCCGUCAACCCCAACGAGCCAUGGGCGCUGGCCCUACACGACUGGUCGUCUGAGCACGAGGAGGAGCUGCGCACCGCCUUCGAGCUGGCCGAGGACGCCGAGAGCACCGCCAGCACGGUGACCACGGUCACCAAGGAGAACUUCCUGGGCGUGCUGGAGAAGCACCGCGCGCCCAUCGAGUACGACAAGAUGCAGAAGGUGGCCUUCGAGCAUGACACCAAGCGCGAGGGCCUCAUUGAACCUGAGGAGUUCUUCAAGGGCACGCGCUACCUCCAGAAGCAGUUUGUGCUCUCCUCCUACCUUCCCAAAGUCAAGAAGGCCAAGGGAGGGAAAGGCAAGAAGAGUAAGUUUGUGCUGCCCAUGCCCAUCUGCGUGCUGCCAGAGGAGCAGGCCGGCCGGCGGGACAGCGGUGGGCCCCCUUUCUACAUGGUGGAGAGCUACCAGCAGUACACGGACACCAAGCGCUUCGACCGCGACAAUCCGCCCAGUCACCCCAUCGAGGACGACUCUGCCUGGUACAUUGAUGAGCCGGAUCAGAUCUUCAUCAACAUCAACUACUGCGUAAAGAUCGGCGACACCGAGUCGCUCAGCCUGGCGUUCAGCAAUGGGGUGCCGGUGGACGUGCACGACCGCUUCUUCAAGACGCCGCUCAUGGCCGCCUGUGCUACGGGGAAUUACGAGGUGGCAGAGUACCUCAUCGGACUGGGGGCCGAUGUGAACUCCUGCGACCAGUUCAACUGGACGCCUCUGCACCACGCCUGCCAUGCCGGCCAGGUGAACAUCAUCGACCUGCUCAUCCAAUCAGGAGCCGGGAUGGAGGCCAUGGCCCUCAAUGGCUCCACCCCCCUCAUCAGAGCCAUAGAGAGCUGCAGACCCGACUGUGUAGACUACCUCAUCAAGGCUGGAGCCAAGAUCACUGCAGAGAAUAAGAAAGAGCAAACGUGCAUGGACAUUGCCCGUUCCUACGGCGACCCCAGGAUAGUGGAGCUGAUCCAGCUGAAGCUGGACACGCUGCCCAAGCCAAAGGAGAAGAAGGGCAAGGCAGGCAAGCCGGGCGCCAAGGCCAAGCCGGCCCCUGCGGCCAAGGAAAAGGUGAAGGCUGAUGUGCCUGAGGAGCCAGUGGAGGUGGUGGUGAAGAAGGAGAUGCCAAAGGAGACCAUCAUAGCCACCAACACGCGCAUCACCAGCGGAAACUCACUACCACGAUACAUGGGAUUCACACCCAGGACUGUUUGGGGCCGGCAGUUGACAACACGGCAGCUAGUCGAGCGUAAGGAGGCUCGUCGAGAGCAGCUGUCCUACGAGGCCGAUUUUGAAGACUUCCUCAUGCCCUUCAACAGGAACAUCGCAAACAAGGCUCAGGAGCUGACCGCAGCUGAUUAACACACACACACACACACACACACACACUGGAAUAUACUGCACAACACGUCAAAAAUAAAAUAUAAAGAUCGAAAGCAUGUAAAAUUUUCCAGAAUAAUUCCUGUGCACUGUUUUGUGGUAACAAAUAGGUCAUACUCACAACUCUCUCUCUCAAACACACACACACAAACACACACACAUACAUGCACACACACAGAAUGUUUCAUGAGGAAUAAAAUAGUUUUGAACCCA